AUGACCUGCAUGAACUUUGGCCAUUUCAAAGGCCGAUUCUUCAAGGGCCUGCGGAGAGGAACAGGGAAAAAACAAACCAAUGAUUCGAUUGGCAAUGGCGAGCCUGCUCCAAAGGUAUACACCACAGCCUUUGUAUCGUUUUGCUCUACAAUCCACAACGCCCACUCCAAUCACCCAGACGCCGACCUCAAAAUCUGGGGAAACACUUGA